CUACCCAAGAAAUGUUCGACAGAAGGCGGCACCAAAAUUACACUAAUAUCCCCCCAACGUGCUCAAAUCUAAGUGGUCAACUAAAUCGAUCCUCUUAAACCCUAGUUCUCGAACACACGCCAUAGUCACAGGGUUUAAGCUCGUGCCAGACUCAUUGAAGAACUCAAAUUUAGCUUCAUGUCAAUGUUGUAAUAAUAAUAAUAAUAAUAAUAAUGGCAGCUUCAAGGUUAUCUUCAAUGGCAGCAAUAGCAGCUGCCAUUGCUGCUACAUCUUCCACUCUCCCCAACCGCGCGUACGCCGACGCGCCGUUUCGGUUCAACCCUUUUUCAUCUCCAUCGGAGAUUCCUCAAACGGAAUCUUCAGAGUCAGAUACAAAGGAAUCUAAUGAAGAUUCUAAAGGCGGGUUUAACCCGGAAUCUUUAGAAAGAGGUGCUAAAGCUCUUAGGGAAAUCAAUAGCUCUCCCUAUCACAAACAGGUGUUUGAUGUGAUGAGAAAGCAGGAAAAAACACGGCUUGCGGAUAUUGCUGCGGAGAAAGUUCAUUAUGAGGCAAUCCAGGCUCAAGCAGAUAUUGAUAAACAGCGAAAAUGGGGAGAAGACCAGCGGAAUCUUUACCAACAGCAAUCACAAGCCAAGGCACAAAUGCUAAGAUACGAAGAUGAAUUGGCUAGGAAAAGAAUGCAGACAGAUCACGAAGCUCAAAGGAGACACAAUGCUGAACUGGUUAAAAUGCAAGAGGAGUCAUCACUACGAAAAGAACAAGCAAGACGAGGAACAGAAGAGCAAAUUCAAGCACAACAAAGACAAACUGAGAAAGAGAGGGCUGAAAUAGAACGAGAAACAAUAAGAGUGAAGGCCAUGGCUGAGGCAGAAGGUAGGGCACAUGAAGCUAAACUGACUGAAGAUCAUAAAAGGAGGAUGCUGAUGGAGAAAAUAAAUGGUGAACGAGAGAAGUGGCUUGCUGCCAUUAAUACAACUUUCAGUCAUGUUGAAGAGGGCUUCCGGAUACUAUUGACUGAUAGGAGUAAAUUGGUAAUGACUGUUGGCGGAGUCACUGCAUUGGCUGCUGGAGUUUAUACCACCAGGGAAGGUGCAAGAGUUACCUGGGGAUAUAUUAACAGAAUUCUUGGACAACCAUCAUUAAUUCGUGAAUCAUCCAUGUCAAGAUUUCCUUGGUCAGGGAUGAUUUCUCAAGUAGCAAACAAAGGACUUACAGCUGCUGGAUUGGCAGCAACUCAACAAAGUAAAUCUCCUCUGGGAAACAUUGUUCUGCAUCCUUCUCUUCAGAGGAGAAUAGAACACCUUGCUAAGGCCACAGCAAACACCAAGUCUCACCAGGCACCAUUUCGCAAUAUGCUCUUUUAUGGUCCUCCUGGCACUGGGAAAACAAUGGUUGCAAGGGAGAUCGCAAGAAAAUCGGGUUUGGACUAUGCCAUGAUGACUGGAGGAGAUGUUGCACCCCUGGGUGCACAGGCUGUCACCAAAAUUCACGAGAUAUUCGAUUGGUCCAAAAAAUCAAGGAAAGGCUUACUACUUUUCAUUGAUGAGGCUGAUGCAUUUUUGUGCGAGCGAAAUAGUACUUACAUGAGUGAAGCUCAGCGAAGCGCUUUGAAUGCUUUACUCUUUCGAACAGGAGACCAAUCGCGAGACGUAGUUCUUGUCCUGGCUACCAACAGGCCAGGAGAUCUUGACAGUGCUGUCACUGACCGUAUAGAUGAAGUUAUUGAAUUCCCUCUCCCUCAAGAGGACGAGCGUUUCAAAUUGCUGAAGCUCUAUUUGAACAAGUACCUUGUUGGGGAAGGUGACAGUGACAGCAAUUAUAAAUGGGGCCACCUCUUCAAGAAGAGUCCAUCACAAAGGAUAACUGUAAAAGAUUUGUCUGAUGAUGUGAUUAGAGAGGCUGCUAAGAAGACAGAAGGAUUCUCUGGCCGUGAGAUUGCAAAACUUGUGGCAAGUGUUCAAGCUACUGUAUAUGGGAGCCCAGAUUGUGUUCUUGAUUCACAACUGUUCAAGGAAAUUGUAGAUUACAAGGUUGCGGAGCAUCACCAACGAAUAAGACUAGCUGCUGAAGGUGUUGAGCCAACCUACCAGAGGAAUAAUUAACUAGCACCACAAAGAUACAAGUCAUUUUCCAUCAACACGAAUUGUUGAAAUUUUGUUUGUCAUCUCUGGUAUUCAAGCAUGCAAAAUUCUUUUUUCAAAGUUAAGAUUAUGUAGUUUAGGUGUAACUCUCCUGGCGGGGAUUGGAGGCUGGAUGGACGUGUUCAGUAGUUCAAUGGCACACAAAUUGAUGGGUACAUAGCUCCUUAGGGCUGUAACUGUAUCGAGUUUAUUAUGCACCACAGGCUCCAAAAUAAAUUCAUUGCCAAAA